AUGGUAAACUUGGAAGAGAUUGACACUCUUAACAACACAGAUCAAUCCAGAGAGGAGCUCAAUAAAGGGCAGGCAAAAUGCAUCAAGUGGCUAGGUAUGCAAGAUGCCAUCCUUAUACAGAAAGCGCAGCAGAAAUGGUAUGAAGAAGGGGAUAUCAACACUAAAUACUUCCAUAGUUUAAUUAGAAACAGGAGAUGUAGGCUCCAUUUUCACACGAUCAAGGAUCAUAAUGGCUCAUGGGUCCAAGGGGAUGAAAAUAUUUCAAAGGUGGUUGUGCAUCACUUCAAGCAUUUGCUUAACCUCCAACAUCAAUUCAAUAAUCAUGAGGUCCUCAACUGUAUUCCUAACUGUAUCACUAAGGAAGAUAAUAAUCUGCUCAAUGCAAUACCUGACGAGGAUAAGAUCAGGGAUGCCGUGUUUAGUAUGAAUGCUUCAAGUGCAGCGGGACCGGAUGUUCCCAAAGUCGACUCCCCAACCAACUUCUCUGAGUUCAGGCCUAUUAGUCUGAGCAACUUCACCAGCAAAAUAAUUUCUAAGAUUCUUUCUAGAAGACUGAACCAUAUACUUGAGAAAAUAAUUUUCACUAAUCAAAGUGGUUUCGUCAAGGGCAGGAUGAUUACUGACAAUGUGCAACUAGCACAAGAAAUUGUCCGCAAUAUAAGGCAGAACAAUAACGGGGGUAAUGUGGUUAUCAAGCUGGAUAUGGCUAAAGCCUACAAUAGAAUGUCGUGGAAUUUUCUAAUGGCUGUCAUGAGAAAUUUGGCUUUUCAGAAGCAUGGAUUGAUAUCAUUUGGAGAUUUAAAAGGCUUCUUCACAUCUUUGCAAUGUCUCAAACAAGGUGACCCGCUAUCUCCUUCCCUGUUCAUUAUUGGAGCUGAGUUACUGUCCAGGUCCUUAAACAACCUUGCUACUCACAAUAACUUCACCCCAUUCUCCAUGGACCAUAGAGGUCCUAUCAUUACAUACCUUGCUUAUGCCAAUGACAUAAUAAUAUUCAUUGGAGGUGAUAAGCACUCGAUAAAACUCACUAAGAGUCGGAUAAGAAGGUAUGAACAAACAUCGAGUCAAAGAGUGAACAACGACAAGAGUUUCUUUGUUAUUGCUCUGAAUACCUCUGCUAGUAGAAUUAAUAGAAUCAGAAGAAAUUCUGGUUAUAUGGACAAGCCCUUUGCUUUCAAUUAUCUCGGAUGUCCAAUCUACAAUGGCAUGAAGAAAAUUAGCAUCUUUGAUGGCAUGCUAGCCAAAAUUGUGAAAAGACUCAACGGUUGGCCGGGGAAGAUGCUUUCCUACGGAGGGAAGAUAACCUUAAUCAAACAUGUCCUCCAAUCCUUGCCUACCUACAUUUUAUCUGCUAUGAACCCUCCCAAAGACAUCAUCAAGCUUAUGGAAAAACACUUCAACAAUUUCUUCUGGGGGUCUUCUGAAGGAAAAAACAACUAUCACUGGUCCUCCUGGAAUAAUCUUUGCUUACCUAAAGAUGAGGGAGAUUUGGGAGUCAGGAAAAUGGAAGACAUUACUGAAAUGCUCUCUUUGAAAAGAUGGUGGAGAUUCAGGACUCAACCAUCCCUUUUGGCCACUUUCCUUAAAGCUAAAUAUUGCAAAAGAGCUCACUUGGUUGACACUAUGGAACAUGUAUUCAAUGGAUGCGAGGUAGCAAAAAUAGCAUGGAACACAAUUGGCAAUCCACUGGGCAUAAGACAUCAAAUAGAGCCGGUGAAGAAGUUACAACCAAACAUGAUGGUGCAUCAAGCUAUCUGGAAUAUCAAAGGAGCCAUUUCGAAGAUUAAACCAAGCUGGGACAACCACCACCCUUGGCCAGAUCUCUGCCAAAGAAUCGAAAAGUUGAAACCAAUGCAAAGCUGGAGUCAAGUCUUGUGGUCGACACCAAAUCAUGGAUAUAUCAAAGUUAAUACCGAUGGUAGCUACAUCAGAGAAAACAACAAAGCAGGUAUAGGAGGCAUCGUAAGGAAUAACAACGGUGAUCUUAUUAUGGCCUUCUCGAAGGAUGUCCAGUGUGAUAACAACAAUACUGCGGAGGCUCUAGCUGCUGAGUUUGGAAUGAAAUGGUGCAAGCUACAAGGCUACACUAAUUUUAUCCUUGAACUCGACUCUAUGGUGAUUGAAAACAUGUUGAUAAAUAGAGACACCAACAAUCUUAAAAUCAAACAAAUGAUUGAGAGCAUGCUGUAG